AUGAGCAUCGAGUUGUGGUCAAAGGGUGUUUUAUGGGAUAAACUUCUUGGAGUUGCUCUUUUGCCCCUUCAUCAAGUCCUCUUCUCGGCACAACCUGGAGCUGGACGAUGGCUACAAAUAGAUGCAGAGGUUGAAACUCGUGGCGGAGUGGCUGUGGGUACUCGAUCGCCCACCGGGCACUCGCUGCUCGUCGACGCUCGUUUCGAGUUACCAUUUGAUGCUGCACCCGGCGAGGCCGAACUCCUUCAGUCUCGUCUCGAUCAGCUGAAUCGAUUGCAACUUGAGGUGGACGCCUCAUUGCCUCCUCGAGCGCCCCUUAAUCACUCCGGCUACUCUGAAGACAGUGAUUACACAUCGGACGUCUCAUUUCCCAUUCACCCCAACUCGUCUCACCCAAACUCUUCGGUUCAUCAGUGGGAUUCACAUCUGCAUCCACAUCGACCCCAUCACCGGCACAACACCGGCAACCAUCACGAUCACAUUACUUUACAGGCCUCAUAUGAGGGAGAUGAGGAUGCGUACAAUGAGACACGGAUUGAUCAAGAUUACGAUGAAGCUGUGACUCGCCACUACGACUCAAACGAUUACGACUAUCGAGCCGAAGACGAGAAUCAACGCGUUUCACGGAGAGACGAAGAGGAAGACGAGUUGUAUCAAAGGCAUCGCAUAGAUUCAACAGACAUCGACCCCACUCAUAAUUAUCCCUCCCAAGGAGGAGGCCCGUCAAGGGGCAGACAAGGGAGACAAGCAGCGACACGCGAGAACAACACGCAUUAUCAUCAUGAUGAGAGCCGCUAUGAUCAAUACCGAAGCGAGGACGAGUCAACGUACAAAGGAGAAAGUCGAGCACAUGGAUACGUUGAUCAUUAUGACUCAGCUUCUGCCUACGAUCAGCAACAAGAGGACGAUUACGGAGAUGAGUAUGGCGUGUCUGAGAUGGAAUACGAUGGAUAUCAUCCAAAAAAUCCAAGAGAAGUGCUUAUGGAUCGACGAAUCGACAGUCCGCAUACGCCACAAAGCGAUUACUCGCGGAGUGUGAGCGCCGCUGGACGCCCGUCUUCUCAAGCCAAUCACACGUAUGCCAGCUACGGCCACAAUGGUUACGGUGAUGAGUAUGGGCAAAAUAAUGGAUAUCGAGAAGAGGACGAGGAUCGAUAUAUCAGCGAUGGUGGCAAGGGCUACACAGCUGAUUACGAUACAUAUGGAGAAGGGACCUCGGAGCCGAUGAGAGAGGAAGAUGACGGGAGGAGAAGCUCGACCUGGGCCGACACAGAGCCAUUGUCCUACAACAGCCGACCGCCACGAUCGAAUUCCAGGCGAACCUAUGCCGAUCGCUAUGAAGACGAUGAUUACAUGAACGAAGAGGAAGAGGAUCGAUUGAGAGCCGAAGAAGAAGCAGAAGAAAGAUGGAGAUUGGAGAGAGAAAGUGAUGAAAGAAGGGAAAGGGAAAGAUUGGAACAACAGAGAAUUUUGGAUGAACAACCAACGUAUACGGAAGAUCGUGACUACAGUGCUCAAGGCACAUCAUUCGCCGAUUCUGUUCCACCGAUUCCCAAUCACGCGCCAUCAACAUCAAUGGAUAUCCAUCAACAAACGUCCGAUUCAAGAAGGAAUAGUGGAAGUACGGGAAGGGACAGUCGAAAUGAGCCCUACAAUUGGAGAAACGAUGAUAGACGACCAUCACUUGAGAACGCACGUGCUGGCUCGGCAAUGCAACGAGAGGAUCGACCAAUGGUGACGAUCGUCGAGGAGUCGAGUCUCCGAGAGAAACGCGAGAAGCGCGAUCUGCACGAGCUUUGGCAUUGGGCCUAUCGACAAGUGUGCACAAAUCUCGGAUAUAAGAAAAAUGGAAACUAUUGUAAACAA